UAGUAAGCUACAAGCUAACUACAAGGUGGAGCUCAUUGCAACACCAACCUUCUCUUAGGCUGACAACAGGCUAAGGAAGACUAUGGAGCUACCACCACCAUUGGUGACCCAACUACAAGAAUCAAGUGUAGAUGAGGAGAUUGUAGAUCCAGUACUAGAACAACUGAUCACUCAUGUGCCAGACCUGGUUGCAUGCAGACCGCAUGAUGCUCCCCUCCCCCAGACAAUUCACUCUUAUGGUGUCGUAAUGUUUGCUGAUAUUUCAGGUUUCACUGCACUUUGUGAGAAGUAUUGCAGUGGAGCACGAUCUAAGUCGAGAAUGGAUCAACUCACUGCCACUCUCAAUUCAUAUCUCAGCCAGAUUGUCCAAUCUAUACUUGAUGCUGGAGGAGACAUCCUCAAGUUUGCUGGUGAUGCAUUGCUGGCAUUCUGGGAGGGUAGUAGAUUCUCAGCCAGCGGUGACCUGGCUCGUAUCUUGCACGAGAGUCAACAGAUGCAAGUUAAUUACGACAACUUUGAGAGCUCUGAUGGAGACAUUCUGAGGAUGAAACUAGCCGUGAGUGUGGGGAGGGUAGAGAUCCAUUACAUUGGCAACAAAGAGUACAAGACGUUUGACAUCACUGGAGAAGCCAUCGAUGAUGUAAACCAAGCUCAGUCUGAGUGCAAAGCUGGAGAUAUUGUAGUGUCACAGACUGCCUGGGAGAUGUGCAAUAAGCAGCGUUGCUUGGCUAGUACAGUUGGUGAAGCUGGAUGCAUGAAGGUGAACAUACAGUGCAUGUUGCCUGCAGAAUAUCAGAAGAGCACACUACCACUGAACCUUAAUAAUGAGAAAAGAUCGUCAACAUUCUCGAAUAAAGCUCAGACUACUUCCAGAGCUGAUGAUGAAGCAAGGAUUGGAUCAAUUGAUCACGGCUUAAAUUCUCGUCGUGAGCUGAAAGAGUCCCUCCCAAAAAUGAGCGAACAAACACAGCAAAUGAUAAAGCAUUUCGUUUCAAAGACAGUUGUACACAAGGUGGAGCAUGGUCAUGAAGUGAGCUGGCUAUCUGAGCUGAGGGAAGUGUGUGUACUAUUCAUUAACCUGGACCCUGGCAAAGCAUUGGAUGCAGCUGAAACACUCUACCUCCUACAGACCUCGUUUGAUGUCAUCUACCCCUGCCUCCAGAAAUUUGAAGGCACACUGAACAAAGUCUUCAUGUUUGAUAAGGGCUGUACUUUCCUGUGCAUAUUUGGUCUCCCUCAUGCCAAACACGAGGAUGAGGCCACUCGUGCACUCAGGGCAGCCAGACACAUUUACAACCAAUUGGGAGAGCUGGACUUAGAGUGCUUCUCUAUUGGGGUAACUACUGGUGUUGCAUUCUGUGGAGUUGUGGGUCACCCUCAGAGGCACGAGUAUACAGUGAUAGGUCAGAAGGUGAAUAUGGCCGCCCGUCUUAUGAUGAAAUUUCCCAAUGCUGUCACGUGUGAGGAGACCACUCGGUCUAAAUCCAGCCUACCCAACUCUGAGCUCACACUGACACCACCUGUCACACUAAAGGGAAUAUCUAAACCAGAGAAUAUCUACAACGUCUCCCUUGAAAUAAAACAGACUCUACAUCACUACACUGAUAUGCACUUGCCAACUGACCAUCAAAAUAUAAUUGGACGAGAGAAAGAGAUGGCUGUGUUUCUGGAAGAGCUAAUGCACGUCUCAGAGCACACACCACGAGAUCCUGGUGUCAUCGUACUCACUGGUGGUGGGGGUAUGGGGAAAACUAAGAUCCUCAGAGCCAUGAAAGCCAAGGCUGCCCACAUGGGAUUCAGGAUUGUGUCUGGUAUCGGAGGUUUGGUGGAGAAGAACACUCCAUUCUUCACUGUGAAGACGCUCAUUACACGUCUACUGGAGUUAGACAGUUGCAAGAAUAUUCAUGAGAGAGAGCAGCUGCUUUUGCAACACAUUACAGACGAUGACAUGAGGCUCAUGCUACCUCUUCUCAACGACAUCCUAAUCAUGAAGUUUCCACAGACCCACCUCACGUCACACAUGACUCACGAUGAGAGGACUGUAGCUAGACACAAGCUACUCUACUCUAUUGUACACCAGGAAGCGCUAACCAAGCCGUGUGUGUUUGGUAUUGACGACGCCCACUGGAUUGAUCAUGACUCUUGGUCGUUUCUUCUUGACCUUGCCCUCGACCCUAACGCUAUCCUCGUCAUGACAACCCCUCCACUUGAGAGAUUCAAAGAGAAGCAUUCGGCUAUGAUGGAGAUAUUAAACCAUCCUCACACAAAGGUCGUGAAGCUGGAGGGUCUAAAACUGGAGGAUAUGAUAACUCUUGCCUGUCAUUUGCUCAAAGUUGAUGAACUUCCUGUACAAAUGCAAAACAUUAUACGCAAACGUAGCCACGGUGUUCCAUUGUGGUUGGAGGAACUCGUUGAAACAAUGCUAGAAAUGAACUAUUUAGAGAUUAUCGAAACAGGUGAUGUCAUAACAGAAGAGGAUGAAGAUAAUGAGAGUUUAUCUGGUGUGGAUCUGAAUCAUCAGGCACCACCACGUAGGGUGGUAAUAAAGGACAAGCAAAGACGCUGCAGUAGUACAGCACAGCUAAGUGAGGGCCUCAGUAUCGGCGAUAUACCCAUACCUGAUUCCGUGACUGGUAUGGCACUCACACGCAUUGAUCGACUCUCUCCUCCUGGACAAAUGUCUCUCAAGUGUGCCUCUGUGAUUGGUACCACCUUCAGUAAGCCUAUGCUUGGAGCUAUAGUCCCUAAUAGCAAUCCAGUAGUGUUUCAUCAAUCACUCAACGCUCUCACUGAAGCAGGCAUGAUUGAGUGUGCAGCUGCUGCUCAAGUUCGCAACAUGCACACGGACAUUGACACAAGAUCAGGACUCCACCUUCCUCUAGAUGACCCUAACUUAGACUGUCCUUGUCUCCAUAGAGGCUACUUUCAUGUCAAACCAUCCUCUAGCUCCAGACAUCACAUCACAGUACACCCUCCCCUAGACGAGUGCCAUCUCCUGCAGUUUGUUCACACCUACCUUCAAGAGACGGCUUAUGCACUCUGGACUGAGACUCAGAGGAAAGCACUGCACGAAUCUGCUGCUGUAUUUCUCGAGAACCAAGCUCACAAAUGUACCAACUGUGGGGGAGGUGGUUUCAUUGCAGGGGGUAGCAGAGCUUUAUUUGAUGUGAAAACAAAGAAAUCGAAGGCAUCGGUUGGUAGUGGUAGAGGACGAGCUUUUCUUGGGGCAGCUAGUAUGAGAAACAAGAUGAAAAGACGAGGCACCAGAAAUGGAAGUAUUCUGAGUAGAUCUUCUUCGAUGGAUUCUGCCAGUACAGUAGAGUCUCUACCACCACCAGUGCUGAGAGUAGUGGACACUGGGACAGCUACUGCUGCUGAUAGCACAUCAGAGUCAGGACAAUCGAAAAUGCAAAGGGUUAGAGUUGAGAGCAUUUGUACUGACGAUCUAUUUGAUAUCAACAUGGAAAACUGCCAAUGUGAUAAAGUACUGGCCAGAGUGUACCCACAACUUGUCCACCAUUGGAGGGCAGCUGGUAAUAUCCCCAAGGCUCUGCACUACCUCAUACAAGCUGGGGCUGCAGCAGUGGAUAUGUUCAGCAACAUGGAAGCACUCUCUCUACUCUAUGAGGCCAAGAACGAUAUGGUGGACAAAUAUGGACGAGAUAUAAUUUCAGACUCUGCAUAUGCGAGACUAGAGAGCUUGAUUGCACAGGCACUGUUUCAGAGUGGUGAAAUAGAAGAGUGUUUGCCUCACUUUGAGAUUGCUCUUACACUGCUACAUGCCAAGCUGCCAAACGGUGCAGUGAAAUCAGCUUUAGUUCUUGGCUACCAUGCCUUCAAACAAUACCUGCAUCGCAAGUUCCCUGCUAGGUUCAUUGGGAAGAAGUCUGGCCGUGACUCUGAUAUGUUUCUAGACCAAGCUCGAUGCAUGGUACACGUUAUCCAUGUCUACCACCUUCAGCAUAAGAACAUGAAGACUCUGAUGCUGGCACUCAAACAACUGAAUGCAGUGGAGGAGGCCCAGCAGGACAAUCAUGAGUUGAUUGAAGCCUAUGCUACAAUGAUUGAGUGUUGCCAGCAUUUCAACUACAAGAACCUUGCUACCUCUUAUCUGGGAGCAGCCAUGACACAUUGCUCUGGUGUUCAGCUGGGGAUGGAGGAUAUGCACACGUACACUCACCUGUUGUGUGUGGGGCUUAACCUCAGGCUAUGUCAGGGAAACAUCGAGGAAGCCCUGGAAUUGGGUUCUGCCAGCUAUCGGAUGACCAGCAAGAUGCACGAUGUGUCCAUGCAACUCCUUUCUCUACCGCUACUACUCUACACACAAAUGAGCGCUUUCAUGAUAACAGAAUGCAGGGAGAGCUUGAAGCAACUCAACGAGCUUGCCGCUGAAGCAGACGACUUAAGAGCACAAGCUUUACAUGAUUGCUGUGAAUUUGAUGCCCUCUUAGAGUUUGGUAUUGGUAUGGAGGAUGCCAAGACAUUGGUAACUGCAGCUGAGACCUGUUGUGAGGAGGAUAUUUACCAUUUCGAUGACACUGAACGUUUCUUUUUAGUCUCCUGUCUAGCUCUGUGGCAUGCUAGGCAAGGCAACAAGUCUUCAGCGGAGCGCUACCAAACAGUGGCACAAGGCCUGUUUCUGAGUGAAUAUGAGACUUUUCUUGCUGUGAGAGCACUAGCGAGGUACGUCGAGUGUCUACUAGUCCUUCACAAUGAAGAUACUGCUACAAUACCAGCAAAGCCUAUGAAAAAACUGAAGAAGCUGUGUAAUAAGUUUGUGGUGUUCAAGACAAGACAGCUGCUGCUCAGUGGCUACAAGAGCUAUUGUCAGAACCGACUAAGAGAGGCCAGGAGGUUAGUGGCAGCCGCCAUUGCUGAGGGGAACAGGAGCGGGUGUGUGUUUGAUUAUGAAUGGGCCCGAGCUUGUCAGGAAUUAUGGUUCAGUGGUUCCGGUACAAGUGAGAGCCAGAAAACUGACAUUGUCUAUGUUUUACAGUGAGAGAUAUUUUAUUUUAACGGCAUGCGUUUUUUGUACGAUUAUAAUUAUAAUUAAUUUUUUGC